CGCAUCACCGCUUCCCGCGGUCCAGAGGAGCGGCGAAAGGAGAGUAGGAGAAGUGGAAAGCCGGGGCAAGAGAGAGCCGGAGUGAAGAAUUGGGGUCCACAACAAAAUCGCUUAAUCGUUUUGCGCCGUCGUCCGCAACGCUUCGUGUCCGUUGUGUCGGGCACCGUGUGUAAAACAAAGUUCGAAAUAAUAACGCGCUGACGAAUAAUUUUCGUAUAUCGACGAGACAGUCGGUCGGUCAGUCAGUCAGUCAGUCAUGGAGGGAUGGCGGGGCAGCACUACUGCCUUCGCUGGAACAAUUACCAGUCGAAUAUGACUUCCGUAUUUCAUCAGUUACUGCAGACCGAAGCUUUCGUCGACGUUACUUUGGCCUGCAACGAGGCAUCGCUCAAGGCCCACAAGGUCGUCUUGUCAGCGUGCAGUUCGUACUUUCAAAAACUACUUCUGUCAAACCCGUGCAAACAUCCGACAAUCAUCAUGCCCCAGGAUGUUUGUUUCACCGAUCUGAAAUUCAUCAUCGAAUUCGUAUACAGAGGUGAAAUUGACGUGUCGCAGGCUGAGCUUCAGUCACUCCUGAAGACUGCGGAUCAAUUGAAGAUAAAGGGCCUCUGCGAGGUACCGGAAAGUAGAGAGGGUCCACCGUCUUCUGUUAGCCUAAGUUCACCGCCUAGGGAUCGUGAUUCUUCCGGUACCGGUACACCACGUUUGAAUUAUACAAAGCUUAGAAGACAGCAUCAUCCGAGGUAUAAAAGGCCUAGGUUUGAGGCAAGGUCCUCGGAUACACCGGGUAACAGGCAUUUCGAGAAGUACAAAGAAGAGGAAACCGAAGGAUUCAACAAUCGGGACGACAAAGAGAAUCACAGGGACUGGCAGACCGAAGAUGAAGAGUUCGGUGAGCCGACAAUAGUUUUAGAAUCGCGACAAAAGGAAAUAAGCAACGGUAACACGAACAACAAUAACGGUGAGAUGUUUUGUCACACAGGAAUGGGACAUUACGGGCACCAUACGGAUCCAGGAGACGUUGAUUUACCACCCGAAACUCAACCUACACCUCCCAGUGCUACUCUAGUUGGUACUACGAUAACGCAUUUGAGAGACCCUGAUCACCAAUCGACAGAAAUACAAAAUUGUGACAGUGUUAAAAUAAAAUUUGAGACACUGCACACGAUGGACUCGACGGACACGAUAGAUAUAGAUAGUCAUAUGUCAGAUCGAGCUAGCGUCAGUUCAAAAACGACCGGCGAUAAUGACAACAUGAUGAUGAUCACUCCAGAGCUUCUUGGCCUCAUGCCGUCAGGCAGUUCCGGUCAUUCCGAUGGCGGGGACAACGGCAGAUCACAUUCCGGACAAAUCGGCUCCCAUCAUCACGGAUCCAAGUCUUGGACACAGGACGACAUGGACGCCGCUCUGGACGCUUUGCGAAAUCACGAUAUGAGCCUCACAAAAGCAUCCGCUACUUUUGGGAUUCCAUCGACGACGUUGUGGCAACGGGCGCAUCGACUCGGUAUCGAUACGCCGAAAAAAGACGGUCCGACGAAGUCGUGGAGCGACGAGAGUCUGAACAACGCUUUGGAGGCUCUGAGGACGGGAACAAUUUCCGCUAAUAAGGCAUCGAAAGCUUUCGGAAUACCCUCAAGCACCUUGUACAAGAUUGCCAGGAGAGAAGGGAUCAGAUUAGCGGCACCUUUCAACGCCAGUCCGACCACGUGGUCGCCCGCUGACCUAGACAGAGCCUUGGAAGCGAUUCGGUCUGGACAAACGUCCGUCCAGCGUGCUUCCACGGAAUUUGGUAUCCCGACUGGAACUCUUUAUGGCAGAUGCAAAAGAGAGGGGAUCGAAUUGAGCAGGAGCAAUCCGACGCCUUGGAGCGAAGACGCCAUGACUGAAGCUCUCGAGGCUGUUAGAAUGGGUCACAUGAGUAUAAAUCAAGCCGCGAUACAUUACAAUUUGCCGUAUUCGUCCCUUUACGGCAGAUUCAAAAGAGGAAAGUAUGAAGAACCGGUGGGAAAUGAAAUGUCACAGGACAGCAACAGCCUUCACUAUCACAGUCCGAAUCAAAAUCACUCAUCGUCUGUUCCCGAUCAGAUGCCUUAUCAGGGUAGCUGAAACUUACCCCUCUACUAGGCAAUUGAUACCGAUAAUUAUUUUAAAUUACAAUUUGUUAAGUACGACAGCGCUUUAAUGCGACAAAUAUCUCUGAGUCUAGCUAUAUUAUACCAAAGAUCUUAGAUCUAAAUGAAACAGGAAUUAAAUUUUUUUCGUUACAUCUCGUUCUGUUAUUCGUGCACGUUUUAAAAUACGUUCCUUAAGUUUUCGCUGUCAUACCAUUAGUGGACGGCAUAAAAAAUUGUAAAAAAAAAACAACGCCAACAAAGAUUCUUAUUCAAAUUGACUAAACCCUCAUAGAUAUUUGACGCAAUAAUUUUGUUUACGAAAAAGACGUUGUAUUUGCGUUAUACAAUGGUCAAACAAACCUGAAUUAAACGUCGUACAUAUACAUUAGCCACAGGCAGCUGAAUCUGACGUUGAAAUUAUUUAUUCAAAUGUGCUUAUUUUUCCUCGUAUUGUAACAUUAAAAAUGUUAUCUUGACCUUUUGUGAACGGAAAACAUAUACGUAUUUAUGUAUAUCCAACAUAUUUUAUUCAGUAGUGGUACAAAUUUGCAUUGUAAAAUAAUAUCAAUCCGACCGAGUUUUUGAAAUACGGAUUCAGCUGCGCUCAAAUAUUAUAUCGAUUAACACGACUAAGUCGUACCCGUGGCAGCUAUUCCGAGAUUAGUUAUUUAUUAUCAUACAUUAAUUUGUUCUUAUUUAAGAAAAAUCGAGGGAAAAAGAGACAAACGAAGUGAUGCUAGAUUUACUACUAGGUGCGGUUUCGAAAUAGCUGUCGUCAUUUGGUCAUUUUUCUAAUAAACAUUUUUAUCAUAUUCUUAUUAUUAAGCAAGCAAAUAAAUAAAGAUAUACCGAUGUGACAGAGAGUGAAGUAUUACCAUAUACAUAUAAUAUAUGAGGUUUCAAUUCGAAUUUUGAUAUUUACCGAUUGUAAUAACUUUUAAAGAAAAAAUCAUGCAGUAUUAGUUCUUGAAUCGAUGUAAAUACGCAUUGGAAUUAUAGAGGACGUUUAUUCCCUUAUUCUGUAUGGUUUGUUAAUGUUCAGACCUAUUUCAUACAUAUUAUUUAAUUCUUUAACGUAUUUAAUAUACGACUAUUAUUGUUGUUGUUGUUAUUAUUAUUAUUAUUAAUAUUAUUAUUCUUAUUUAUGAGUACAAUAUAUAUAGGAGAAAAUCUAUCUCUCUAUUCCGUGACCACGUUUUCUUAUGUAAAUAGUUUAUACGUCUAGAGUCAAAAGUGUAUACGAUAUACGGCGACUUUGUGUAUUGCAAUCGAAUUUUUUUUUUAUCAACGAUUUCUUAUUCGACUACUUCAUCUUUGACUCGAUGGAUAUAUAAAUAUUACAAAAUCCAUUUCACAGUUAUUGCAUAAUAUUAUUUACACGCACAGGCCUUUCAAUGAUCAAUCUUGGCAUAUUUUCGGAAUAAGGCUUGCAUAGCUCAAAAAACAUGCUCUACAUUAUUUUGUCUGCGUGGGACUCGUGUUCUGUUAUUAACGCAUGUCAUGUUCUUUUUCCUUCGCAUAAAAUACCCAUACACUAUAUCAGAAUCUGUAUUUAAUGUGAACAGAAAUGACUAUUUGUGAUUGUUUGUGAUUUCGCACUAUAACGAUUCAUUGACAAUGUUUUAGAGGAUGAUGACACCCAAAAACAUCUGAAUUUUCCGUAAUUAUUUGAAUGAGCGAUUGGAUGAAAUGUAAAAAAAAAACUGCGACGUACAGGAAAUUUGAUAGGUGAGAAUAUGUGAUUAUCGUAAAAUGUAAAA